CGAAAGUCGCAAUCUUUCGUUUGACCUAAAAACACAAAAAAUUACAUACGAGAAUUUGAGCAAAAGGAGAAAGUGCCAUGACUUCUCGACUUGGCCUUCAGUACAAUCACCCGAGCGAGAUGACGUUUAGUCUCGCUUCAGCCUUCGUUCUUCGAACAUCUCGCGCGCAAAUUAAAACGAGGGUUGAUAAGAUAUAAGGGGAAAAAAACGCAGCGUUUAAUAACAUAAACGUGUUGCUUGAAACAAACGCUCUUUUCUUUCGUUGUGUUACCGAAAUAUCUUACGUGAUUAGAUAAUAAAAGAUAAAUAAAAUACGAAAUAACGGGAGAAAAUGUUAUUAACAAUAGCAUUUUGGUUAUUAGUUUGUUUAAUUGUUUUUUUAAUCCUAUUUGGUCCUGUUGCGAGAUUUUUACGUGUUACAUGGGAAAUUAUUGUACAAAUAUACAAUAAAAAAACAAUUGAUUUACGAACAAAAUUUGGAGAAUGGGCAGUUGUCACUGGGUCGACUGAUGGUAUCGGUAAAGCUUAUGCUAAAGAGUUAGCAGCAAGAAAUAUGAAUCUAAUAUUAAUAAGUAGAAACUUAGAGAAGCUUGAACAUACAAAAGAUGAGAUACUAUUAAUAAAUCCAAAAAUUGAAGUGAGGAUUAUUGUGGCGGAUUUUGCAGAAGGAGAAAACGCUUUUGUCAAAAUUCGUCCUCUUUUGCAAAAUAUAUCUAUCGGUAUAUUAGUCAACAAUGUAGGUAAGCAAUACGAAUAUCCCAUGUACGUUGGAGAGGUUCCUGAGAAGGAACUGUGGGACAUUAUCAACGUAAACGUGGGUGCCACUACGUUAAUGACGCGGCUAGUUAUCGGACAGAUGCAAAAACGCAAACAAGGCGCGAUUGUUAACGUCUCCUCCGGAUCCGAGUUUCAGCCAUUGCCACUGAUGACGGUGUACGCAGCUACAAAGGCGUACAUAAAAAGUUUUUCUGAAGCUCUCAGGGCGGAAUAUUCUAGAUUCGGUAUAACUGUUCAACACCUGUCACCUCUUUUCGUUAAUACCAAGAUGAAUGCGUAUAGCUCCAGACUUCAGGUUUCAAGUAUAUUUGUGCCUAAUGCUACAACGUAUGCGAGAAAUGCCAUUGCCAUUCUAGGCAAAAUGGACAGCAGUACUGGAUAUUGGGCUCAUAGUAUUCAAAAAUUCUUCACUUUAAUGCCGCCUGUAUGGAUUAGAACAAAAAUCGGGCAAAUCAUGAAUGAGAGUUUUAGACAGGAUUAUUUCAAGCAGAAAGAGCAAAAGAAAUUAUAAUAAGAUAUUUUAUUCAAUUAAUAUUUCUAAUAUUGGACUGACAUAAAAAUUAAUUAUUAAUUAUUACAAAUAAUACUUAAUAAUUUCUUACAUCUAAUAUUAAAUAAUAAUAAAAAGUAUAGCGUAAGAGAAAGAAAGAAAAACAGAGGAUUUAUUAUAUUUUAAUAAUUUUUUUUAAGAAAAUUUAUAAACUUCUUCUACAAUUAAUUUUCUUUGUUCUAAAAUUAAAAGUAUUGUAUUUUAUUAUUCAAAUCUUAUUCUUAUUUGAAUAAUCCUAUUUUGCAAUUUGCCAUAUAUAUUCAAUCUUUAUUCAAGAUUAAUUAAUUUCUAUGUAUACAAUGUAAGUAAGUCAUCGUAUGUUAUUUGUUUAUUUUUAUAAUAAAUUAUACUAUUCUGUGUGUCUACUUAAUUAUAAGCCUCUAACAACACGUAAAUAUUAAAAAUGCUGAAG